UUGCGCCCGGGGGAGGGUCUCCACUCUCCACUCUGGCUGCCAUAACGCGGCUCAGCUCAGGCAGGCAGGGGGGAAGCGCAUCCUCAGAGAGAUCUGCUGGGAUCAUGAUCAUCAGGGGAACAUAAACGCAUUCUUCGGCUGCAGUCAGAUGACACAACUUCGUGUGUUUUGUGUUAUUCUCCAAAGGACAUAACAGAAGAGGCAGCUAGGCGUCGGGUCCGUGCAGGAAAGAGACAAGCCGACAUCAUCAACCGCUGAGCCGCGUGAGGCAGGUCACCGCAGAGUACCACGGUUUCCAGGUUAUCAAUGUCACAGAGAGGAUGUGAGUAGGAAAAGGGCUGAGGGUAGAAAACCCCAAUCCAGGAAAGGAACUGGGACCACAUGGCUGCUAUGGACUGACGGGUCAACUGAUACCAGAUCACACUGGUUUUGCUUGGAAGUUCCACCUGACAGGACAAGACUGCAAGCAGAUUUCCCAUAAGGACUUUAACUGUUCAGCAGAGAGACAGACAUCACUCUCAAGCCUCAUCAAAGCUAAGCUCUCCUUUCUGCCCUCUGUAUGCUUCACCAGGCUGCAGAUGCAUUAUAUAUUGAUUUGGUGCCUUCUAGUGGAAUUUGUGAAGAAUUACAGGGUUUCUGUUUUAUGUGACAAGGUUUUUGUUUUGUUUUUUUAUCCACAGUGACAAUGGUGUUGUUUCUGAUUGGGAUCUCUAUUGCUGUGAAUAAUUCAUCUCAUGAGAACCAAACUGCAGAAAACCCCACCCAUCAGGGUGCCCAUGUCCUGCCCUCAACACUGGUCAUAUCCCUGCUUCUUAUCAUCGUUGUCCUGCUGACAAUCUACUGUCUGAGGUUCAAAAACCAUAGGAAAGCUCUAGUUACCUCGGUGGAUAAAAAGAUUCCAAAUGGCUUCAUGGAGGAACAAGGAGAGCAGACAGUGGUCCUCCUCCCCAGAUCUCCCUCGCCAUCCAAGAGGUACUUCCCCAUCCCUCUUGACUCGCUGGAGGAGGAGUACCGGAUACGCUCUGCAGACGAUGGCAAGCUCUUCAGAGAAGAGUUCAAUUCACUGCCGUGUUACUACCACCACGGGUCCUUUGAGGAGGCAAGCAGAGAGCACAACAGAGAGAAAAACAGAUACCCAAACAUUUUACCAUAUGAUCAUUCAAGAGUGAUGUUAAGUCAUCUUGAUGGACAUCUGUGUUCAGACUACAUAAAUGCAUCUUACAUAGAUGGUUAUAAAGAGAAGAACAAAUUCAUUGCAGCACAAGGCCCAAAGCUUGAGACAGCGGGCGACUUCUGGCGGAUGAUUUGGGAACAGAAAACAUCAACUAUAGUAAUGCUGACAAAUCUGAAAGAAAGGAAGGAGGACAAAUGUUUUCAGUAUUGGCCAGAAAAAGGUUGCUGGAUGUACGGGAAUGUCAGGGUGGCAAUGGAGGACUUCACUGUACUGGUGGACUACACCAUUAGAAAAUUUUGUGUUCAAUAUCAGGGCAGCGAUGGUCCCCGAGCUCCCCGGCUGGUCACCCAGCUCCACUUCACCAGCUGGCCAGACUUCGGGGUGCCAUUCUCACCCAUCGGCAUGCUGAAAUUCCUCAAGAGGGUCAAGGCUGUCAAUCCAUCAUAUGCUGGGCCCAUUGUUGUACACUGCAGUGCUGGGGUGGGGAGGACUGGGACAUUCAUUGUCAUUGACAGCAUGAUCGACAUGAUGCACAUGGAACAGAGGGUGGAUGUCUUUGGCUUUGUGAGCAGAAUACGAGAACAGCGCUGUCAGCUCAUCCAGACAGAUAUGCAGUACUCCUUCAUCUACCAGGCUCUGUUGGAGUACUAUCUGUAUGGAGACACAGAGCUAGAUGUGUGCUCUCUGGAGGGCCAUCUGCAGAGGCUUCACAACACCAGGGCUCCCCACGACAGGCUGGGCCUGGAGGAGGAGUUCAGGAAGCUGACCAACGUUCGCAUAAUGAAGGAGAACAUGAGAACUGGGAACCUUCCUGCCAACAUGAAGAAGAACCGUGUGCUUCAGAUCAUUCCGUAUGAUUUCAACCGAGUAAUACUCUCAGUGAAAAGAGGACAGGAGUUCACCGACUACAUCAAUGCCUCCUUUAUUGAUGGCUACAGGCAGAAGGACUAUUUUAUCGCAACCCAGGGCCCCCUGUCUCACACAGUGGAGGACUUCUGGAGGAUGGUGUGGGAGUGGAGGUGUCAUUCAAUCGUUAUGCUCACCGAACUCAAAGAGAGGGAGCAGGAAAAGUGUUUCCAGUAUUGGCCAUCAGAGGGCAGUGUAACAUUUGGAGAUUAUAUUGUGGAGCUGACUGGAGAUACACUGUGUGAAACCUUCACUCUCAAAGACAUGGUGCUCACCUACAGACCAGAAAAACAGUCACAACACGUCCGACUCUUCCACUUCCACGGAUGGCCUGAGAUUGGAAUACCAGCCGAGGGAAAAGGGAUGAUUGACAUUAUUGCCGCUGUGCAGAGGCAGCAGCAGCAGUCUGGAAACCGUCCCAUAAUUGUGCACUGCAGUGCUGGUGCGGGUCGGACCGGUACCUUCAUUGCCCUCAGUAACAUUCUGGAGAGGGUGAAAGCUGAAGGCCUCCUGGACGUUUUUCAGACAGUCAAGAGUUUACGCAUGCAGAGACCACACAUGGUUCAGACUGUGGAGCAGUACGACUUCUGCUACAGAGUGGUUCAGGAUUUUGUUGACAUCUUCUCAGACUACGCCAAUUUUAAAUAAUACCUGUCAAAUUAACUUAUGCAUUUUUCCCCCUGAAUUUUAUUUUCUAAAGCAAACUCUUUUUACAUUUUGCACUUGAUUACAGAUCUAAAAAAAUGUUGUAACAUAUUGUAAUAUAAUUGAAAACAUCUGUGCUCCAGGAGAGUCUGUCUCUUUUAGGAAUGCUUGAUCUUCAAGUAUCCCAAUGUAAAAUAUAGAAAUUAUAGUGGUUCACUUAAUUGGUUGGUUGGGUACUUGAAUAUGUAAAAAAAAAAAAAAAAAAAAAAAAAAAAAAAAAAAUGUAUGUUGCAUAAGUGCAACAUUGUGAGGGUCAAUAAAGUGUUUAAGAGGAAAUAUUCAAAAACUGUAUUCCUACUUAUAUAUACCAAUAUAAAUAAUGUUUAUAUAUUAUAGUAUGUAUUGCUCACUACCUGAAAUGCAUCACUAAUGUGUUAAAGAGUACAUGCAUUCUCUCUUUUAUUUCUGCUUUAUUUUGUUACCGACCACAAUGCCUUUGGUUUACACUAGUCUUGUAUUUUAUGCUGCCCACUCAACAUGUUUGAUUGCUAUGAAGAGAAUAAAUUGUGUGUUUGAUAAGUAGGGUAAAAUGAUUAAUGCUUUUGCUAAAAUUAUGUCCUGUCUGACAUGUGUGAAUAAUAUUUAUGAUCUGCUUUUAGCUCAAACAAAAACAUAAAACUCAAGAUACAUUUCAUUCUGUUAGACUCUGCAAAUUACCUCACUUCUGUCUAUGAAUAACUUAACAGCUGCUGCCUGUUGCAAUUUUAUUCAACUUAACCAACUUUCUUUUGUUGCCUGUGGCAAUAUUACUUAGUGGAUUGGCGCCUGACGCUGCAAAAUGCAACUAGCCCACAUUGGAACAGGCAGAAAAUAAAGUGUUAUUACAUGAA